AUGUUAUUGACAUCCCAAGCUCAGGUAGCUGAACCAGGAUCACUUGUGUGGCCACAUGUUAUCAUCGCUAUCUUCUCAAUAAGUACAAUGGUUUCACUGCUAACGCUUUGUGUGGCAACUCACUGUUGCCGGAACGCGAAAAAAAAGGAAAAUCCAUAUGGUGAAAUUGUCACAACACCAAUUGCUGAUGCCCAUAUUUCAGCAGUUGUUUCUAGAAAUAGAACUGAUGGAUCUCGGCUUCAUCAUCCCAGUCGUCUUUCCUAUCCCAGUCUGAACCUCCAUGAACAAUCAGUUCAUCGUCUUUCCACACCACUUCCUCAUUCUUCUCUGGCGAUGAAGCGAGCUUUGCCAAAGUUACCCGAAUAUUCGGCACGAUUUGAAAAUAAAAAUCCAGGUCCAGUAUACUCAACAAUUGAUCAUGCAACUCCUGCUAUCGAUCGAAAUAGUUCAUUUUUGUAUGGUGAAGGACCAACAAACCCAACUUAUGAAUCUAUUGAUAUAGAUCCUUCAUAUUCAAAGUUAGGAAAUGGCGGUCCAUCUGUGAAACGAUAUGAUUAUCCUGUUUUUGUACCUGGAAAUCAACCAGCAAUCACUACAGAUGAUAUACUUUACCAGAGUGCUUCGCUGAUUUAUGCAGGUGUUAGCGAAGAUCCAUACAGCUCAAUAACAAGUCAUACAGGUGGUGAAACGAAUUAUGACGUUGGGUAUAGCCACGUAAGGGGAAGCAUGAAUACGGAUACACCACGCUAUCUUGCUAAUGCACAAGCAGGAGGUCGCAGUCUCGAUCAUCUCUAUUCACGAAUUCGGCGUGGGCCAUCGAUGAACAGAGUUACAAACUCAUCCACAUAUCGACCUUUACCGUCGAAUGAAUUUGGUGCUGAAUAUAUUUCAAGUGGAAGUGACAAGACAAGUCGAGAACCGUCUUAUCGAUAUAUAACUGUACGAGAAACUGUUGAUGCUAUUCGACAGCGACUGAGUGAGCUUAAUCCACCUUCGAAUAUACCGCAGUCGGUUAUAACUGAUGGUUGUGGACCAAUUCGAGAACAUUAUUAUUCGUCGAUCGGUGGUAGUGAUUAUGAAACACUACAAAUCUCAGCGGCAUCCACUAACCAACCUUCUUGCGAUACUCAGGAUGUUCCUUCGACAUCCUGUGCUGGUCAUGAUUCACAUCCUGAAGCGAUUUCUAGUGCUGUUAGUAUCUGUGAAAAUAUACCACCGAAGCCACCAACUUCUCCGAUACCUCUACGUAUCACUGCUGUGAAAGAAGAUAAUUUGCAGAGAAAGCAGCCAUUAUUAUCAGGUUCUAAUAAGGAUGAAGCUAUAAAUGAUGAUGAGAGCCGCAGUAAUAUUUCUGAAAAAAUCCGCAGACUUAGGACGAAUUUUUUUGACCAGGAACUGUUGGAUGAAUUCAAUGGACCUUCGUCAACAGAUCUUCGCUUUGGACAGUUGCAGGGAACCAUUAAUCAACACGAGGCAACAAAAUGGAUUAAUUCUUCUGGAACUGAUCGAAAUUUAGACUCAGAGCACUACAUUGAUCAAGUUUCCUCAGCAAACUUUGAUGAGACUUAUUCGCACUUACAAAAAUUGGCUGCUGAUAAAUCACAUAUAUAUAGUGCACGGAAUGUAACCCAAAAUGCGCUUCUUUCCACUGUAAACAGACAAAAUGUUAUUGAUGAAGAGCACUGUAAAAUUACUGCAGACAAUUCAAAGUCUCAUUGCUCCCACGAAGCAAGUGUCUUUGGGACAAAAAAAUCUGUCGAAGAAGAUUCGAUCUUUCAAGAGGGAAAAAACGACGAAGAGCAGUGUUUUAUUCCUAAAAGGCGCUACGGACUCGGUAAGCAGGCUGAGAAUAAUAAUAGUAGUAUUUGCUUCGCUGAGGCUUUGGAGGAACCGCUCAAAAGCACUGCUACACAUUCCCUUAAAAGUUCAAAUUUCUCUCGAACAACUUCACCAUAUCAGCAAACAUCUUUGAAUAAAACUUCUAACGCGGAAAAAGAUAUGGAAGCACAGUCUUGUUCUGAUCAAAGAAGUACGAUGGAAUUAUUUGGAGAAAAUGGUACGGAAAGUGGUCGAUUGGUGCAAACAGCCAAGCUUAGUUUUUCACACGAAUCAAUUGAUGAAAAUGCACUUGGAAUAAUUCAGUAUCAUUUUCUAAAGAAUUAA